AUGGCUUUGUCGACAGUUUGCAGUUUAAUAUGUUUUUGUACCAUCGGUUUUGGUAUUUGCAAUGGUGCACCCAAGAAGUUGGCAGCACGAGAUCUUGAUUUAUUCUUAAAAUGGGCAGAGGACGAUAAGCAAAACAUUUGGGAAUUGAGUGGACAGUUUGAGGGUGACAUCGUUUUUAAUCACGACGUUUCUAAAAACGGCAUUAUACACGAUGAAUCUCGUCGAUGGAAAAACAACGAAAUCCCGUACGAAUUUGAUCCUGAUUUUCCGGACGAUGCAAAGCUAUAUGUGGACGAUGUCUUAAAGGAAUUUGCAAAUGUUUCUUGCGUAAAAGUUAGACCUAAAAAUAAGGACGACGAAGAUUAUGUUUAUGUGCAGAAUGAGGAAUCGGGUUGUUUUUCGUCGGUUGGAAGGGAAGGCGGGAAACAAAUUUUAAAUUUGUAUGGUGAUGAAAAGGGAAAGAAAUGUAUCACAAAAGGGGUAAUAAUUCAUGAAUUCUUACACGCUGUUGGGUUUUAUCACCAACAAAGUUCGCAUGACAGGGAUGAUUAUGUCAAUAUUAAUUGGGAUAAUAUAGAAAAAGUGCACAAACACAAUUUUGAAAAAUACUCAGAAAAGGAGGUGUCCCACUUUGGGGUUCCAUACGAUUAUGGUAGCGUGAUGCACUACAGUGAUUACGCUUUUUCCAAGAAUGGUAAAAAAACGAUCGAGGCGAAGAAACCAAAUGUUACAUUAGGCCAAAGGAACGGUUUUAGUCCAUCGGAUGUACAAAAGUUGAAUUUGAUGUACAACUGCAACGACGUAUAAAAAUACUU